AUGGCGUCCGUGUCCAAGCGGCGUGUCGCCAUGAUCACCGGCAUCACCGGGCAGGACGGGUCGUACCUUGCGGAGCUGCUCCUCGAGAAGGGCUACGAUGUGCACGGCGUCAUCCGGCGGUCUUCGUCCUUCAACACGGGCCGAAUCGACCACAUCUACCGCGACGAACACCUCACGCUCCACUACGGCGACAUGACGGACGGGACGGUGCUGCACCGCCUCAUUGCGCGGCUGCGGCCGGACGAGGUGUACAACCUCGCCGCACAGUCGCACGUGAAGGUGUCCUUCGACGCGCCCGAGUACACGGGGCAGACCGACGGCAUUGGCACGCUGAAGCUUCUCGAGUCCAUCCGCGCCAACAACCUGAUGGAGACGUGCCGCUUCUACCAGGCGAGCACCAGCGAGCUCUACGGCAAUGCGCAGGAGGUGCCGCAGACGGAAAAGACGCCCUUCUACCCGCGCAGUCCGUACGCCGUGGCGAAGCUCUACGCCUUUUGGGUAACGGUGAAUUACCGUGAGUCGUACGGCCUGUUCGCGUGCAAUGGGAUCCUGUUCAACCACGAGUCCCCGCGUCGCGGGGCGACGUUCGUGACAAAGAAGAUUGUGCGGGCCGCGGUGCGCAUCCGGAAGGGGCUGCAGAAGGAGCUGCUGCUUGGCAACGUGAAUGCGCGGCGUGACUGGGGGCACGCGAAGGACUACGUGUACGGCAUGUGGCUGAUGCUGCAGGCGGAGAAGCCCGGCGACUGGGUGCUGGCGACGGGCGAGCAGCACAGCGUGAAGGAGUUCUGCAACGUGGUCUUUGCGAGGCUUGGCUACGAGUUGGAGUGGUCCGGCAGCGGGGUUGACGAGGUCGCGUACGACGCGGCGGACCCGCAGAGGGUGCCGCUGAUUCGCGUGGACCCGCGCUACUUCCGCCCCGCGGAGGUGGAGACGCUGCUGGGCGACGCCAGCAAGGCCGAGCGCGACCUCGGCUGGAAGGCCACGUGCAGCUUCCAGGAGCUGGUGGACGACAUGGUGCGGCAGGAGAUCCACGAUGUCGAGACCGGCGUGGAUACGUGGCGGUGA